GCAAGGGGGCCGCCGCGAUGCCAAACGAAAAUAUCUUCCUGUUUGUGCCUAACCUAAUUGGUUAUGCCCGGAUCGUCUUCGCCAUCAUUUCUUUCUACUUCAUGCCCUGCUGCCCCCUCACGGCCUCCUCCUUCUACCUGCUGAGCGGACUCCUGGACGCUUUCGAUGGAUACGCUGCGCGAAUCCUUAAUCAAGGGACCCGGUUUGGGGCCAUGCUGGACAUGCUGACCGACCGCUGCGCCACCAUGUGCCUGCUGGUCAACCUGGCCCUGCUCUACCCUCGUGCCACCCUGCUCUUCCAGCUCAGCAUGAGCCUGGAUGUGGCCAGCCACUGGCUGCACCUCCACAGUUCUGUGGUCCGCGGCAGUGAAAGUCACAAGAUGAUCGACCUGUCGGGAAACCGGGUGCUUCGGAUCUACUACACCUCCCGACCUGCGCUGUUUACCCUGUGUGCUGGAAAUGAACUCUUCUACUGCCUCCUUUACCUGUUGAGUUUCUCCGAGGGACCUUUAGUCGGCUCUGUGGGCCUUUUCCGACUGGGACUGUGGGUCACCGCCCCUGUCGCCUUGCUGAAGUCCCUCAUCAGCGUCAUCCACCUGAUCACCGCCGCCCGCAACAUGGCUGCCCUGGAUGCGGCUGACCGCGCCAAGAAGAAGUGACCUCGGAAUUCCAGCCCCUGCGGCCCCCCUGCCCUGGGAGUCUCCUGUGUCACAGGCUGCCCUCUUCCUCCGAGGAGAUCCAGGCUCUGUCUUCCUAAUGUGUCCAACCCGCUGGAAGUGGGUCAGGCCAGUCCCACCCCUCGGCUCCAAAUCAGGAAGGAUGCUCAGGCGACCCCGCCCACACAGGCAGCGCUUCCCGGGCACCAGGAGGCUGGCUUAGGGCUGGGCACCGUCACCCCUGCUGGCUUAGCCCUGGGGUCUGGCUUGGCCCGAGACUGGAGGGCACUGUGUGAGGGAGAUGGGGUCGGGGCGGGGUACCGGAACUCUGCCCCCGGCCAGAGGAAUCCUGCAGGUCCUGUGCUGGGCACAAGGAGCCGUCGGGAUCCUUCCCCAUUGCAGCUCCCUCUGUCCCGUCGGCCCCAGCCCUGAGAACUUGGAUAACAAAGGGGCUUCACUGUCCUGGACCUGCGUCCCUGUGAAAUACUCCAGGACGGGGGCCUGGGUGAGGGAGCUUGGGGAAGAAGGAAGGUCCCUGGGGCUGCUUCUCCCUCCGUGUGGACUGGCUAGGUCCUUCCUCUCAUUCCACAGAGACCUCCCUGCCGCCCAAGGUCAGGCUAUGUGCCCUGCCCCCCUGCUUCAUUUCCUCCCCGACACUGUCAGGAGCUGUCUGCAUUUAUUCCUGUCCCUGGUGUUUUCUAGCCCCUAGAAUGUAAACCCCACAAGGGCACGGACUUUUCUUGCUCCUUCUCUAUCCCCCCAUGAAGAUGUACCUGAGCCGGGCCUAUUGUAGCCGCUUAAUAAAUAUUCACAAGGACCAGCUGGUUUCUCAGUGAAGUCUUUAGA